AUGGUUCAUUCACAGAUGAGCCCAAUCGGCGAGCAAGACGAAACAGACCCCAAGUCGCCCAUGAUUGCGCUCAAUCCCAUCUUCUCCCGCGAUCAACCCAACACAGAUCCCAAAUCCCCCAUUGUAGAGCUCGCCACCAUUCCCCUGAACCAGCUCGGCAUUCUAUAUCGCCCAACCUCAGCACUGGCAGUUACCUACAGAACCUACAAACGCCGCUUCUUCGGCUACGCUCUUCUCUUGCUCCUCUCCCUCCUAGUGAGCUGGUCCUUCACCGCCUUCGCGGUCGUCAUCGACAUCACAGCCGACUACUUCGACACCACUACCAGCACAAUCAACUGGUUCGCCACCAUCUGGCUGUUCUGCAACACCAUCGCCUGCCCGCCUGCAGCAUGGGCCAUGCGCGUCAGCGCAAAGCGCUCGCUUGUGUGCGGCGCUGCGCUGAUGCUUGCCUCCUCCUGGCUGAAGUAUGGCGGCACCAAGAUCCACAACAUGGGUCUAGCAAUGUUCGGCCAGAUCCUAUCCGGCUUCGCGUCUGCAUUCAUCUGCAACGUCCCGCCGCUGUACUCCAAUGAAUGGUUCAGUCCAGAGACCCGCGCCACAGCGACGGCUGUAGGCUGCAUGUCCAACGUCGCUGGCGGCGUCAUGAGCGCGCUGGUCAUGCCAGUCUGGGUGAACGAUCUCAGCGACGUUCCCAUCACUGUGCUCUGGACGAGUGUAAUCACCACCGUGGUUGCGAUCCCAGUUUUCUUCAUCCCCGCUGCACCACCAACGCCUCCCAGCGCAGCCGUUGACGAUGAGCAGAAAGAAGUGAGCACUGUCAAAGAAGAGCUCAAGUGGAUCGGACGGUCGCCGGAAGCAAUGCUGAUCAUUGUCGCGUUCAUGACCGCCUCCGGGCUGUGGAACUCUGGCUCGGCACUAUUCCAGAAAGCAGGGGUAGCAAACGCACUCCUCAACUCCAUCGGUCCGCUCACCUCCCUCCUCCUCGGCCCCCUCGCCGACCGCACCCGCCUGCACCUCUGGAUCGCCCGGUGUUGCGCUGUCCUCCUCGCCAUCUCCGUCAUCGUGUUUAUCUGGGUCCCGCAAUCCCACAACUUGGCAUUCCUCUACACCAUGACUUCCUUGCUGAGUGUCGCGGUGCUGGGCGUGUGGCCGAUCAUGCUGGAAUUGAUGGCCGAGAUCGUGUAUCCGCGGGGGUGUGAGGUCGCGGUGUGCUGUAUGUUUGCUGGGGUUAGUUUUAUGGGUGGGGUGUUUACUAUCGCUAUGGGCUACAUGAAAGAUGCAGAAGGCACCCUCCAACACGCGCUCUACCUACAGGCUGCCCUGGGCGUCACCGCAGCCAUUCUAUACCUCAGUCUCGGUCAAUUCGGCCGCAAGGAAUUUGUGCGGAUGAAAAGGUAUGCUGCGGAGAAGGUCCUCGAGCCGGUUGCGGAGGACUCUGAAGCAGACGUGCGUGGUGUGUCUGAGGUCGUAGCUUGA